GAGAGAGAGAGAGAGAGAGAGAGAGAGAGAGAGAGCAUGGAUUUGGGCAGUGGCUGUGGUUACCCAGCUAUAAGCUUUGCCUUUUUCCUUCUGGUGACUACACCCAGAGAGGAGGAGCGUAGUAGGCGUCAGGAUCCUCAAUUUUUCAACUUAGCAUCUUGGCAGGACAUUUUCCCAAAGCAAAAGCAAAGUCCGACGGGUAAAAAAAAAAAACUUCUGCAGCGAGCAAUGAGAGCAACGACGGUGCAACUCAGAUAAGGAACAGCAAAAACAAAACGAGACAUCCGACGGACAGUGUGCAGGCUGAGUGGCUGGCUGGCAGCGACCAAAAAAAAAAAACAAUCCAAUAUCCAAGCCUUUCUUUUAUUCAAUCACUUUUACUUUUUUUUUUUUUUUGCAUUCACCCAUUGUCAUUUUGAGACAGUGGGGUCUGCAGACACACACGGCUCUAAAUGCGCUCCGACGGCAGCAGCGCAUGAGAGAAAUAAAAGGAGAGGAAAAGUGCGCAAGUUAAGUGGCUGAUACUCUCCACAGCUCCUCCAGCAUGGCGUAUCCUCAGGGCUACUUGUACCAGCCGUCCGCUUCCCUAGCCCUGUAUUCGUGCCCUGCGUACAGCACCAGCGUGAUCUCUGGACCCAGGACCGAGGAACUUGGGAGAUCCUCUUCGGGAUCUGCUUUUGCGCCCUAUGCCGGAUCUACCGCGUUCACCAGCGCCUCGCCAGGCGGCUACAACUCCCACUUGCCGUACAGCAGUGCAGACGCGGCUGCAGCUGCUGCCACAUUCACCUCGUACGUGGUGAGUAAACUCAAGGGUUCUCCAUACGACCACACUGCGGGUAUGGCCGGUUCGAUAGGAUACCACCCUUACGCAUCACCGUUGGGCAGCUACCCGUACGGUGAUCCGGCAUACCGUAAAAACGCGACCCGGGACGCCACCGCCACCCUGAAGGCCUGGCUCGGCGAGCACCGUAAAAACCCCUACCCGACCAAGGGCGAGAAGAUCAUGCUGGCCAUCAUCACCAAGAUGACCCUCACCCAGGUGUCCACCUGGUUCGCCAACGCCAGGAGGAGGCUAAAGAAGGAGAACAAGAUGACCUGGACUCCUCGGAACCGGAGCGAGGACGAGGAGGAGGACGAGAAUAUCGAUCUGGAGAAAAACGACGACGACGAGCCGAGCAGCAAGCCCACAGACAAGGGAGACUCCACAGACACAGAAGCAGAUCAUAAACUGCUGAACCCAGGGGACGCAGGCUGUGACAGAUUUAAAGAGGAGAACCACCACCACCACCACGGCAAAAAAGACACGGAUCCGCUUCUUGUGAGCGACUCGGAGUUAAAAGAGCAUCAGCAUCAUGAGGAGGAGGAUGAGGAGCGGACUACAGAGCUGCUGGAUUCCGCAAAAGCGACCACUUCGUCUCCCCUGGCGACGGCUGCAGUAACCCGGGGGAACCAGAACCAGGCCGUCGCGCAGCAACAACAACAACAAGACAAGCCGUCAGAUUUGAGCCAUGCACCGGGUACGUUACCGGGUACCGUGACCAGCAACGUGACCUCUGUUAUCCACUCGGCUCCUAAACCCAAACUCUGGUCCCUUGCGGAGAUCGCCACGUCCUCAGACAGGUGUAAGAGUCCCACCAACGCGUCUCCAUCACGGUCCUCCUCAUCUCACUGCAACACGGUCCUCUCCAGGCCUCUCUACUACACCUCCCCUUUCUAUCCCGGUUACACGAACUAUGGUGGCACUUUUGGACAUCUUCACAGUAACCACGGCUCGGUAACCACGGGCUCCUCCAGCACCACGGCACAUUUCAAUGGAUUAAACCAGACUGUGUUAAAUAGAGCAGAGGCUUUGGUAAGGGAGAGCCAGAAAGUCAGAGGCCAAACGCAGGUAGAUCUUUGUAAAGACUCCCAUUAUGAACUAAAGAAAGGUAUGUCAAACAUUUAAUACCAUGAUUUUAUUUUCCCCCACUCACUGACUUUUAUUUAUUUUUAUUUUGUUUUGUGGUUGCAUUAAAAAAAAAAAAGAAGAAAAAAUGCUGAAGCAAAUUCUGAGAAUAUUUUUCCUGAGUAAAAUGCUUCAAAUUUUUAGUUUCUGAAUGGUUUAUCCUUUAAAAAAAAAAAAAAAAAAAAAAAUGUAACGAGAAUGGUCUUAAUCAGCUGCAGCCGCCUGAGUCUAUUUGUAUUAAAGACUAACAUGUAUAUUUAAAUGUAGCAUUUUUGUAUUUAAAAAUGGACAACACACUAUCUUUGAAGUAAAUUAUGGAAAAAAAAA